AAGGUAAAAAUGGCUAGCAAUGAUGGAGAAGGGAGCCAGAAGAAUUCAAAAUUUCCUCCAGUUGUUCUUAAUGAGAGGAUACUUUCUUCCAUGUCUCGAAGAUCUGUUGCUGCUCAUCCAUGGCAUGACCUUGAGAUUGGACCUGGUGCACCAGCUGUUUUCAAUUGUGUAAUUGAAAUUGGGAAGGGUAGCAAGGUCAAGUAUGAGCUUGACAAGAAGUGGCCUUAUAAAAGUAUGAUUUCUCCACUUGAUUCCUUUUUUGUCAUUGCUCAGUAUUGCUAUUAAAAUGCCCAUUUGUCUUACUUGUGGACUGGCUUAAAUAUGUU